CCCACCUCCUGUAGCCUCUUCUUCUCUCAGUCAGUGGAGGAGUGAUCCAGGACCAUGUUUGGUUUAAAGACUCCACACUUCUACCUACCAGGUAUGAACCAUGAGUCCCAUAAAUCGGCAUCAUUAGGAAUGAUCUCCACGGCAACUCGCACCACCGCCACUGUCAGUCCCCUCAGCCCACUAACCAAUGGGAACGCAGUUGCCCAAUCUGCAAACUCCGGAUUCGCUGCUGCCCUGCGUAAACUGGCCAAACAGGCCGAGGACCCCAGAGGUUCUGCAGUCAGUGGUGAGUCGUCUCCAGUCUCUUCCCCGGCCACCAGUCACAGCUCGCCAGUCACCACCCCUAAAAGGGGCUCGUUAGGGCCCCUCCUGGGCCAGACCCGGGGCCACGGUGUCUGCGGCACCCCUCCGGUGGUCACCAUUGCCCCCACCAAGACCAGCAACGGCCUGUGGAGGACCGACGGAAGACAGAUUGAGUUGACUGUCCAGGGACUCAGCAGGGAGCGCCUGUGUGCUGAGAACAGCCAGCCGCAACAGGAUAAGAGGACUCCACCUCACCACCUGGCCCACCACUUUGGCCUCACCCCAAGCUCCAUCAUGCAGGACCCCAGAAUACAGAGCCUCAGUUUGCCCGGGCAGAUGCACCCCGGGGUGCCUUCAGGGGCCAUCCCAGAAGAGUACCUGAGAGCACUGCGGCCCUUUGCCACCUCAGAUGAUCUCCGGAUGACCUCCCUACCCUUGAGUUUGGAGCAAGCGGCCGCGGCCCACGCUGCAGCUGCUGCUGCUUACUAUCAUCCUGCCUACAUGCACCACCCGCUGUCCUUACCCAGGAUGGAGGAGUCCUUGUGUCUCUCCGCACUACGGUCGCAGUUCUACUCUGUGCCGGCAGGGGGCGCCUUCUCUCCUCUUCACCACUCUGCCCUCCACUUGCACAUGCCUGGAGGCCGCUACCCUGGAGAACUGAACCACACAGCGGCGCUGGCUGAGAGGCUGCAGAUGGAGAAUGAGCUACGCCAGCGAGAGAGAGAGCAAGAGCGUGAACGUGAGAAAGAAAGGGAGCGCGAGGCAGGGCUGGAACGAGAACGGGAGAGAGAGAGAGAGAGGGAGGAGGAGCGGGAGAGAGAGCUGGACAGACAGAAGGAGAGGCAGAGGGAGAGACAGCAGCAGAUGGUCAGAGCAGCCGAGAGCCACUACCUGGCUGAGCUGCAGGCUCGGAGGGCACCACCGGAGGACAGGGCCAGGCCAGGAGAGAGGCUGACCCCGAACAGACUGGAUAAAACCAAGGACUCUGAGCACACAGGUUUCCCAGCACCCAAACCUCUGUCCCUGCCGCCGGGCAUUCACCCCUCCAGGGGCUCUAUCCCACACCCUGUGCCCAGCCUGGUGCCUUCUCACUUGGGUAAGCAUCAUGCUGCUUCUGGAGGCAUGCAUGGAGCUCUGGCAGCUGCGAUGAUGACUCAGAGGGCCAGUGAGGCAGCGUGGUUAACACGGCAACGAGGGCAAGGGCAGGAGAGGGAGGGUCCGCUGGAGAUGGGCCUCAGGUCACCGGGGAAAGGAGUGGAGCAGAGGAGAGACAAUCACAGAACCCAUUCAGUCCAUCACAACCCAGGAAGCAAAGAUGUACCUCCCUGCCUCGGAGCUCCGCCUCCCCUUAUCUCCCCUAAAGGUCCCCAGCAUCCUCCUGCCCCUACGACCACACUGUGGAACCCAGCCUCCCUUGUCGACACCCCCGCUGACUUACGCAGAAAACGUAACCCUCCGACACCACCAAGUCGGCCACCUCCAGGACUGACCAGAGCCGACAGGCCCACGAUGAGCUGGGGGGAGAAGCAGGAAGAAGGAGGCAGGAGGAGGGCGGAAGGCACAGAGAGGUACACCUCACUCAGGGGAGCUGGUUCACAAGAACCAGGGUCUUGGAACAAGGCAGACCAGGACAGAGCCAUCCAGAGCCUUUAUCACCGCCAUCAUAUCAAUAACCUCCACCAGAGAUCCAUUGUGCCUCCGUCUAUUCCUGUUAUUGGUACUGACCCGGUGGCACGGUGCCAGGCAGCGUCUCCGUCUCCAGUAAGGGAGCGACAUAGUCAGCCGCCCGCCAGCACACUGGUGUAUGACGAGGUUCUCCAGCAGCACCGUCGGCUGCUCAGCAAACUGGACCUGGAGGAGAAGAGGAGGAGGGAGGCCAGAGAAGGAGGUUAUUACUUUGAACUCGACGAGUCAUAUGAUGAGAGUGACGAAGAGGAGGUGAAAGCCCAUUUGAGGAGAGUGACAGAACAGGCUCCGCUCAAACUGGAGACAUCCUCCGAGAAAGUGGAUUUUCUGCGUGUGUGUGGUCUGACCACGCUGGCCCAUCGCGAUGAGCUCCUGACGCGUAAAAGGAGAAAGAGGAGGCGGAUGAUGAGAGAGCGCAGCCUCUCUCCGCCGGCCGCGCGUGGCAAGAGAAAGGCCUCUUCACCUUCAGCACCUUCAACUCCCUUAACUACCCCGUACUCUGCCGAGCAGAUGGACAGCACCCCGGAACUGCAUGAGAAAAAAGACUUCCUCCUUAUGUUCAACCUCUCCCACGUCAGCCCGCAGCAGAGGAGAGAUAAGGAAAGGACAGAGGAGCUGCUGAGGGCCAUUCAGAGGAAGUCUGUGACAUUAGACACACUCAGAUAUAAUCCUUUACCUCCGUGUAGCAGUCCUCCUGCUCACUUAACUGGUGACUCCUCAUCCGCCCCUCUGCCGAGUCAAUCAAAUGGACAUCAGUACCCAGACUCUCCCAGCCCCUCCCCUCCCUACUUACACAAACCCAAACAUGUCCCCCAUAGCGACACAUUAAAACCCUCCAUGGACACCCGCACGGCCCGCAACCCUCCACCUUUGAACUCCCAUCAUGAAAAGGCUGAAUUUAUGGAGGCUCAGCCAAACGGGAAGCUCCAGGGCCUCCAGAAUGGCGUUGUUGUUUCGUCUCAGAAAAAGGAGCCCAAUUCAGUGCAGAAUGGACGGAAUCGGCCCUGGGAGAGGUUUACACCCGAGGCCUUUGCUCAGCACUUCCACCAGGCUGUGCUGCAGUCCACGCACAACACACUGCAGAACAAAGGAGUCUCAAAUUGUGUCCCUGAGACCGGCAUGAAAGCCGACCGCUCGUUGCCUCACAACGUCUCUCAACUGAAGAACUCAACUCUUAUCCAUGCCCCUCAGCAUGCACACAUCAAUGGCUACCACUUCCACUCCCAUGUAGCCAGCAGGGACACUCCAGUACCACGGGAAAACCUGUCUGAUGAGGAGGAGGAAGAGUCUGGUCAGGAGGAGGAAGAUGAUGAGAUGGAAACGGAAAUAGCUCCAAGGAAGUGGCAGGGUAUUGAAGCUAUCUUUGAGGCCUACCAUGAGUAUGUGGAUGACUGGGGUACAGAGCAGCAGGUUCUACACAGUCAGUGUAAAAGACUUGAAGCACAGAAUUACAAUCUGACCAGAACUGCAGAGCAGCUCACUCUCACUAUGGGGGAGCUGGUGAGUCAGAGGCAGAAAGUGAGAGAGGAGAGGGAGAGACUUCAGGCCCAGCUUGAGCACUUCAGGAGGUGUUUGACACUACCUAACAUUCACUGGGGCAGGGGGCAAGUCAACGGGCACACGCCAAGGUGACCUCUGACACCCACUCCCUGACGGAUACGCCUCUGACAGCACAGGAACAGUAACAACAACAUGACAGACUGGAGCCAGAUCACUCUGCACUUGACUGGCCGGUCAGUCGUGUUACCUGUCUGGUUACAGAUUCAACUGACUACCUGCCAUGUUUGCCACGCUAACCGCAAACCAUGGUGACCAUGUGGUCCGGGCAUUCCCGCUCUCUCUCAUUCAGCCUAUGGAUUAUUGUUGUUGGUUGAUAACACUGUGUAGGUGAAACAGCAUAUUUUUCAUAAUGCUAACCAGUCCCACUAGUCCUUGAGUUCGCUUUGAGGACUACAUGCCAUUUAGCUCAUGUUAUGUUCACUUUUGCAUAAACUCUAUUGAUUCACACAAAUGAGAUGUGACUCUUGGAACACAUCUGUAGCCUCUCUGGACAGCAAUAAGAAGAGAGUACGCGUGCAGAGGUCACUUGAUCUUACUCAGAGAAUGAAAAUUGAGUCAAGGAAUCAAAGCACACCUCAGGCCUUAAACUUGAUAGGAUGCACUUGCAGUGGAAUUUGAGGAACACUUGACGGUCCUCUGUGUGGUGUAAUGUUGUAGUGUCUACUUAGCACUGAAUCUCACAGAUGAAGCCGUUUUGUGUGCUUGUAAAGCUUCUGCAGAGGAUAGGAAACAUCUCAAAGAUAUUAUCUAUAUAAUGGCAAAUGGUAUCAAUGAAGUUUUUUGAGGUUUAAUACAAUUUCCAUUGGUAAUGUCAUUUGUGAUAGGCGAAGAAUUUUGUAUGUUUUAUUGUUUUAACCAUCUCUUGUGGGAAGCCAUAUGUUUUGUUUGAACUGCUGCUGGUCAGAAUAAAAAAUUUUUAGAAAAUGAAGGAUGUUAGGAAAGUUGUAUUUGAGAAAUGGUACGUGACCUCAAAAUGCCCCAAGAUGCACUGGGGAUGCAAGGCAACAUGGCACUCAUGAUUAAGUUGUCAUGACGAUCGCUCAGAUGGUUUAUCCCAGAGUCUUUGUCCCUCCACAUGCCUAUAAAUGUUGAUAAAACUUGAAGAGAAUAAAAGUUGUGAUAUUUUUCAGCCUUUUGCAAGAUUCUACACAUGUUCUUAAUAAUUGGCAUUACUUGAGUGAAACAACCACUUACAGACAUAUUGUCCCACCUUACCAUUGUUUACACCUAUCUGACGGUGAUUUCUUCUUAAAUUAUUGUAGAAAAGUCAAAGGAUUUUGUCAAGGAAACGGAAAAGCCAAAUUAUUAUUCAGUUCCAGUUCAGGCCUGUCAAACCUGAUAAAACUAUAUAUUUUCACUUGAUACUGGUAGAGUACUUGAAACAUAUCUAUAACUGUUUAUGGGUGACAUAAACAUCAGAAUGGCAGUAUCCCUCUGUGGAUAACAAAACACCUCCUCCUCUCUUUUUCUUUUGAUGAGAUGUUUUUGUUCAAGCCAGUUAAAACAAAUGUCACAAAUGCAUAACUUCUGGCCCUUUCCCUCUGAAUGUUAAAAUCCCAGAAGCCAAUUCUUACAAGCACAAACUAGUAGCAAUUGCCCCAAAUCACCUGACUUUCCUGCAUCACCUGUUAAGUGUCCUCAAUCUUGCUGUGAAAUCCUGCAUAUUUGUUUCAAUCAGUUGUCAUGUAAUGUAUUAUUUGGGCUGUAUAAUUGUGAUGAAUUAUUUAUUAACAUAUAUUGCUGUACAUUCUGAUGGAAAUUUACAUUAAAAUAUUUGUAAAAUGUC